AUGGCCGAAGAACCGCAGUUAAAUUCAAUCCAGCAGCGGAUCGCCGCUCUCAACCAGUCGCAGUUGGCCCGUCCAGCGGGAGGACCUGAACCGCCAUUCCUCCGCCCAACACCCGAACGAAGCGCAUCAGCCAACAAUCCUCCCUCCUACGACUCAAUCGGUUCUGUGACGGACCGUUCACAUAUCGGAAAUGAGCCUGCAGAUGAAAGGACCCAAAGGCCUGUCCUGCAGGCACCUGCAAUGGAAACCCUCAGGCCCGACGUGAAGCCAAAGAAGAAGCCCCCUCCACCGGUACCCACGCGCAAAGCAGACCGUCUGCCUCCUCCGACACCAGCUCGCCCUAGCUUACCACCACGAAGACCGACAGACCAGAAGCGCAGGCCUUCUCUCGAUUCAUCUACCUCCGAUGCUUCGCAUUCGACAACGUCGACCACAGCCACUGCGGGGCGAGGUGGAGCGACGACCUCAGUGAACUCUGCCAGCAACAGUCGCAUCAAGGCGCCCGCAUGGGGCGAAACAGAAUUGCCCUCACUGCCUCCCCGACGACCGAAGGAGGCCGCCGUCGAACCGCCUCCGCGACCCACCCUCAGUAGCAAAAGGAGCUUGGGAGGCCUGUCUUCUAGAUUUACCUCUAAAUUUAACUUGCCGGGCUCCAAACCACCACCUGUGCCUUCGCCUUCGCCCUCACCACGACCUAGUCAGCCUCCUAGCCAGCCUCCUCGCCGGGAGACUGAAAAUGAAGCCCCAGGCCCUAAACUACCCGCACGCCGACCAUCUGGCGUGCAGGCAGACACGCAUCAAGCGAACGACGAUCCAGCACCCAGUCUACCUAUCCGGAGAACACUGCCGCCACCACCAUCUGCUUCCAGUAUAAAGGAUGCUCGACAAUUUGGGUUCGGGAAUAAAAGCCCAAGCCUUCCAUCACGGCCUAGCAGUACUGCUCCCAGUGGAACACCGCCGCCAAUCCCGCUCGGCACUCGCCCAGAUCUAUCUAAAAUACUGGCCACAAAACCACGCUUCGAUGGUUCCACUGCUUCGGCUGUCCCUGCAGCCUCUGCAAAUGAAGAGUGUCUAGUAUGUCGAGAUUUCUCAGGCCCCGAUAAUCAUGCUGCUCGCUACCCUCGUGCAUCUCUUCCCACGCAAGAUAUGGCGUGGUUGGCGAACGAAUUAACGGCACCAUUCACAUCUUUGACGGACAAGGCACGUGCUCUCUUUACCUGGCUGCACCAUAAUGUCAUGUACGAUACUCAUGCCUUCUUCAAUAAUUGUGUCAAGCCUUCUACGCCGGCCAGCACCCUGGCAACCGGUUUGGCAGUUUGCGAAGGAUAUGCCGGUCUAUUUGCAGCUUUGGCGACCCACGCCGGGUUAGAAGCUGUGGUAGUCGGCGGCCACGGUAAAGGAUUCGGGCAUGUUGCCCUAGGGCCUGGAGCCUCCGUUCCUCCAUACGCAGGCAACCACGCUUGGAAUGCAGUCAAAAUUGACGGUGGUCGUUGGAAGUUGAUCGAUUCCUGUUGGGGAGCUGGAGCAAUCGAGGGUGCAGGACAACCCUAUAAGCAACGCUUUGAGCCAGCCAUGUUCUCGAUCCCGAACGAAGAGUUCGGUCUCAAGCACUUCCCCGAAAACCGGCGCCACUUCUACCGCGAGGACGGGCGCCCAGACCUUACCUGGGAAGAAUACGUCCUUACAGACCCAGACCGACCCAACGGCGUAGAAAGCCUCAAAGUCUACAGCGACGCGGACACGCGCACCAUUGGCCGGAAAACAUUCCACCCCCAAGGUCUCCACAUUUCCGUCAGCACACCUGGAGCCAUGCGUUUCCAAUUUGGUCUCCUUUGUCCGCACUGGACACUCGCGCAUCACAGCCACACCCAACACGCGGGUCUAUUCUUGCUCAUGAUUCAUGGCGUGGAUGGCCGCAAGGAUGACAGGCUUCCUUUCACACAUGUGCCAGGCUCGGGCCCUUCUGGUGGCGGCGAGUUCUGGUAUGUCGAUGUCCCCGAUGCACGCAUGCUUGGUGCCCCUGGUCAGAAGCUGCAGCUGGCGGUUCUGACUAGCUUCGGUGAUCGAAAAGAUGCCAGUGGAGUUACGGCGCAAGAGUUCCAGGAGAAGGUUGGACGCGUUGGAAUGGCGUGGGCUUAUGUCGCGGAAUGGGAAUUGGUUCGGUAG